CGCGCGCACGGUUCUCCCCACGCGCGCGCCCUGCGCACGGACGCACGUUCGUUUCCCCUCGCGCGCCUGGCUCUCGGCGGCGGCAGCGAGCGGAUCGUACGCGGCACGGCGGAGCGGCUGCGGCGGGCUGGAGGGCCGACUAUGGAGGCGGACGGGGCAGGCGAGCAGAUGAGACCACUCCUCACCCGGGGUCCUGAUGAAGAAGCUGUUGUGGAUCUUGGCAAAACCAGCUCAACUGUGAACACCAAGUUUGAAAAAGAAGAACUAGAAAGUCAUCGAGCUGUGUAUAUAGGUGUUCACGUCCCAUUCAGUAGAGAGAGCCGCCGGCGUCACAGGCAUCGUGGACACAGACAUCACCACCGGAGAAGAAAAGACAAAGACUCAGACAGAGAAGAUGGACGGGAAUCUCCUUCUUAUGACACACCGUCCCAGAGAGUCCAGUUCAUCCUGGGCACCGAAGAUGACGACGAAGAGCACAUUCCCCACGACCUCUUCACGGAGAUGGAUGAGCUCUGCUACAGAGACGGAGAGGAGUAUGAGUGGAAGGAGACUGCCAGAUGGCUGAAAUUUGAGGAGGAUGUUGAAGAUGGUGGAGACCGGUGGAGUAAACCUUAUGUGGCAACCCUCUCUCUGCACAGCCUUUUUGAACUGAGAAGUUGCAUCCUAAAUGGAACAGUUAUGCUGGAUAUGAGAGCAAGCACUCUAGAUGAAAUAGCAGAUAUGGUACUGGACAACAUGAUCGCCUCUGGCCAGUUGGAUGAGUCCAUAAGAGAGAAUGUCAGAGAAGCCCUCCUGAAGAGGCAUCAUCACCAGAAUGAGAAAAGGUUCACCAGUCGGAUUCCCCUUGUUCGAUCUUUUGCAGAUAUAGGCAAGAAACAUUCUGACCCUCACUUGCUUGAGAGGAAUGGGGAAGGCCUUUCAGCCUCCCGCCACUCUUUGCGAACAGGUCUGUCUGCCUCAAACCUUUCCUUGAGAGGAGAAUCACCUUUAUCUCUUCUUCUCAGUCAUCUUCUUCCUUCUUCGAGAGCUGGGACCCCUGCAGGCUCGAGGUGUACAACCCCUGUUCCCACCCCUCCACACAGCCCUCCUUCCAGCCCUAGCGUCAGUCGCCUCAACUCCAGAAGUUCCCAGCAGAGUCAGCUUCAGGCCCCAGAGCUACUGGUUUCUCCUGCCAGUGAUGAUAUUCCCACAGUAGUAAUUCAUCCGCCUGAGGAAGACUUAGAAGCACUGAAAGGCCAGGAGCAGAAGAAUGAGGAAAAUGUUGACAUAACUUCAGGUAUGUUGGCCUCUCCACAGUCUGCACCCGGAAACUUGGACAAUAGUAAAAGUGGGGAAAUUAAAGGUAAUGGAAGUGGAGGAAGCAGAGAAAAUAGUACUGUUGACUUCAGCAAGGUUGAUAUGAAUUUCAUGAGAAAAAUUCCUUCGGGAGCUGAGGCAUCCAAUGUUCUGGUGGGAGAAGUGGAUUUUUUGGAAAGACCUAUCAUUGCGUUUGUGAGACUGGCUCCCGCUGUUCUUCUCUCAGGGCUAACCGAGGUCCCUGUUCCUACAAGGUUUUUGUUUCUGUUAUUGGGUCCAGCAGGCAAGGCACCGCAGUACCAUGAAAUCGGAAGGUCAAUAGCCACCCUCAUGACGGAUGAGAUUUUUCAUGAUGUAGCUUAUAAAGCAAAAGACAGAAAUGACCUCUUAUCUGGAAUUGAUGAGUUUUUAGAUCAAGUGACUGUCCUCCCUCCAGGAGAGUGGGACCCUUCCAUCCGCAUAGAGCCACCAAAAAACGUUCCUUCUCAGGAAAAGAGAAAGAUUCCUGUAUUUCCCAACGGAUCUGCCCCCAGCCUGGGUGAGACCACUAAAGAGGCCGCCCACCAUGCUGGGCCUGAGCUCCAGAGGACUGGACGGCUUUUUGGUGGUUUGAUACUUGACAUCAAAAGGAAAGCACCUUUUUUCUUGAGUGACUUCAAGGAUGCAUUAAGUCUGCAGUGCCUGGCCUCGGUUCUUUUCCUAUACUGUGCCUGUAUGUCUCCUGUAAUCACUUUUGGAGGGCUGCUUGGAGAAGCUACAGAAGGCAGAAUAAGUGCAAUAGAGUCUCUUUUUGGAGCAUCAUUAACUGGGAUUGCCUAUUCGUUGUUUGCUGGGCAACCUCUAACAAUAUUGGGGAGCACAGGUCCAGUUUUAGUGUUUGAAAAAAUUUUAUUUAAAUUCUGCAGAGAUUACCACCUUUCCUAUCUGUCUUUGAGAACAAGUAUUGGUCUGUGGACUUCUUUCUUGUGCAUUGUUUUGGUUGCCACAGAUGCAAGCAGUCUUGUGUGUUACAUCACCCGGUUCACCGAGGAGGCUUUUGCAGCUCUCAUUUGCAUCAUAUUCAUCUACGAGGCUUUGGAGAAGCUCUUUCAUUUAGGAGAAAUAUAUUCAUUUAAUAUGCACAACAAUUUAGAUGAACUGACCAGCUACUCGUGUGUUUGUGUUGAGCCUCCUCACCCUGGCAAUGAAACUCUGAAGGUGUGGGAGGAAAGGAACGUAACAGCCCGGGACAUUCCCUGGGGGAACCUCACUGUUUCUGAAUGUAAAAGCUUUCAUGGUACAUUUGUAGGAUCAGCUUGUAGUCACCAUGGACCUUAUAUUCCAGAUGUGCUCUUUUGGUGUGUCAUCUUAUUUUUCACGACAUUUUUUCUGUCUUCAUUCCUCAAGCAAUUUAAGACCAAGCGCUAUUUUCCUACCAAGGUGCGAUCGACAAUCAGUGACUUUGCUGUAUUUCUCACCAUAGUAAUAAUGGUUGUAAUUGACUACCUUGUAGGAGUUCCAUCUCCUAAGCUUCAUGUUCCUGAAAAAUUCGAGCCUACUGAUGCCAAUAGGGGCUGGAUCAUAAGCCCGCUGGGAGAAAAUCCUUGGUGGACCUUAUUAAUAGCUGCUAUUCCAGCUCUUCUUUGUACCAUUCUCAUCUUUAUGGAUCAACAAAUUACAGCUGUAAUCAUAAACAGAAAGGAACACAAAUUGAAGAAAGGAGCUGGCUAUCAUCUUGAUUUGCUCAUGGUUGGUGUUAUGUUGGGAGUUUGCUCUGUCAUGGGACUUCCAUGGUUUGUGGCUGCAACAGUGUUGUCAAUAAGUCAUGUCAACAGCUUAAAAGUUGAAUCUGAAUGUUCUGCUCCAGGGGAACAACCCAAGUUUUUGGGAAUCCGUGAACAGCGGGUUACAGGGCUAAUGAUUUUUAUUCUAAUGGGCCUGUCUGUGUUCAUGACUUCAGUACUAAAGUUUAUUCCAAUGCCUGUUUUGUAUGGUGUUUUCCUUUAUAUGGGAGUUUCCUCAUUAAAAGGAAUCCAGUUUUUUGACCGCAUAAAAUUAUUUGGAAUGCCUGCUAAGCACCAACCCGACCUGAUUUACCUGCGCUAUGUGCCUCUCUGGAAGGUCCAUAUCUUCACGGUCAUCCAGCUCACCUGUCUGGUCCUCUUGUGGGUGAUAAAAGCUUCAGCUGCUGCAGUCGUUUUCCCCAUGAUGGUUCUUGCAUUAGUCUUCGUACGCAAACUCAUGGAUCUGUGUUUCACAAAAAGAGAGCUUAGUUGGCUUGAUGAUCUUAUGCCAGAAAGUAAGAAAAAGAAAGAAGACGACAAAAAGAAAAAAGAGAAAGAGGAGGCUGAGCGAAUGCUUCACUCUGGUGAAGACACUGUGCACCUUCCAUUUGAAGGGGGAAGCCUCUUGCAGAUUCCAGUUAAGGCCCUGAAAUACAGUGUUGAUCCCUCAGUUGUUAACAUAUCAGAUGAAAUGGCCAAAACUGCACAGUGGAAGGCACUGUCCAUGAAUACUGAGAAUGCCAAAGUAACCAGAUCUAACACGAGCCCUGAAAAACCUGUAAGUGUGAAAAUAAAUAUUGAAGAUGAACCAACAAAGAAAUACAUGGAUGCUGAAACUUCAUUAUAGAAUUGAACCAAGAAGAUUAUGUAUAUAGAUAUACAGAUAUAGAUAUAUAUACAUAUGUGUGUGUAUGUAUAUAUAAUGUGUGUAUCCCAUGUCACUAUGUAUAACAAUAUUGAAUGUCAUGCUAAUUAUGUGUGACUACUGGGUGUUUUGAAAUAGUGUCUGAAGUUUCUUAGGAGCACCAUGGAGACUGUAUAAUGAAAUGGUCUCUCAGAAGUGAGGUACACGGUUCUUACUACUUAAGUAUUUAUUCUGUUGAAAAUUUUUAUUUUCUGUUCUGCAAAUAGAAAAAUGUGGGGAAAUGCUUUCAGUCUACUUUUCUUUGAAUCUAUUUAUUCAACAGCGGCAAUUCACCAACUUUCUGUGAUAAGUAUUUUGCCCGUAUAUUUACAUUUUUUUUAUUGAGUUAUAGAAAUUUUCACAUAUUAUUUCCCUUCUGCUAGUGCAUUGUGGGAAGCCCAGGAAGUCUGCCUGUACUGGGUCAUGCAUGGUAUCAGUCAUGGCUGCUGUUUGUGUGUGUGUUUUCCAUGUCCAUGUAAGUCUAUCAUGUUUCACAAGUGAUGGGAACUUUGGCUGUAAAUGUAGAACAGUGGAAACUUUCUAGAUAAGAACUCUCAUUUUGACCUUUAUAUUUUUAAAUUUUGUUUUAAAUCUUAAAAGCCUCCAUUUCUAGUUUUCCCUUCUGAUAGACAAGUAUAAAUGCAGAUGACCUUAUAAUUUAACCCUCAAACCAGUCAUUGGUUUUUGAAUUUUAGAAGCUAUAAAAUACCACUUUACAAUAGUUAAAUUUUGUUCCCUUUGUAGGUUUUUUUUUUUUUCCUGAGUCCCAAAUGCCUGCUCUGUUCUCUGCUUUUGCUGUCUUUUACUUCAAAUGUGUUUUAGUUUAUAUCAGGUUCAAGUCCUUGAUUGUUUUGCUAUUAUAGGCAAUAUGAUUAAAUAAUCAGGAGUCAGAAUUCUAAGUGGGUUUAUGAUCAGUAUUACUUUAUUAAGAAUUACCUUUCAUAUUCUAUUUACGUUCUUCCUGUUGUAUAGAUAAUAUUUAAUAGAUUGUUAUAUGUGAUUUCAUUUUAAAAUAUUUUAUUUAUUUUAAUUGAUAUGCUUAAGUAUUGGAAAAAGUAACAAGUGUAGGGUAAAUUGUUAAUGUAAAUAGUUGGUGCUCACUUGCAUUUAUGGUUUAUUAUCUGAAAGCAUUUGAUUUUACAUAUUUGACUUUAUAUAAAGUACUGCCAUAUUUGUAUUUUAAAAGAAAUUGAGACUUGUUAUGUAUAGCUCAGAUUGAUGACAUUCUUCUAUUUUGUGUUUGUCUAUGUUAUUUAGAUUUUUCUUUUCUGAGCUUUUUUAACUUCUAGCAAAUCUUUUUUAGUCAACCUUUAUAUACUUUUAGCUUCAUAUACAAUAAAUAAAUGUUGUUCUUGCUAAGCCUGUAGGACUGGAUGAAUGGGUUUUUCAAACUGAUUUUGGCAGGAGGAUGAUUUCUAAAAACCAAAUGAGUAUUGAGGAACCACUGAAAUAUUGAGAAUAAUAACAUGAAUAUUAGGAUGAAAAUUUUAAUGAACUUCCAAUGCUCUCUUUAAUCGUUUAUAAUUAAGCACAGAAGUAUGAAGAAUUGGUCUUAGAGAGGAUCAUGAGGAAUGCCAAGAACUGAUAUUUUAGCAAUUCUAGCAAUCCAUUCUAAAGUACUUAACUAAUAUAAUUUCCACAUCUAGGACCAUAUUGUCUGAUUCUAGUUAAAAUAAUGGAUUCAACUUCUUCCUCAUAUGAGAGGUUGGAAAUGUAGCUGUUUUUCCUUAGAAAAUAUCAUCAUUUGGUACUGCAUAAAGGAGGGAGCUUUUGUUGGCAGUUGAUAAUGAGUGUUAUCCACGGUGCUUGUUACUGUGUAUGAGCUUCCGCUGAAGCAAUUCCCUUUUAUUCAUAGCAGCAUAAUCAUUUCCAAAGAUCCCAGUAUUUGCUGCUGUAAUUCAGUAAACUCCCUUGAUGAACCUGAACAAGAGGAUUCCCUCAUAUCAUUUCCUUGUGUCUAGACAUCAUAGGGUUAACAAAUAUGGUGAUUUUACAGGAAGCAAUUUUAAAAUUUAAACUGAAAACUACCUGGGAUCAUAGUAUGUAUGUGAUUUUAUUUAAUUAUGAAUACUAGUUGUUCAGUGCCAGAAAAACCAUGACUUGCAAAAAGGCUUUGCACUCACAAUGUUUUUAUUAUGUUUGUAACUGUUAAUAAUUUCUGCUUUCUUUUGACUACUUGACUUACAAAAUGAUCUGACUACUGCAUUGAGAAACAGGUAACUUGUUUAUAAGUAAUUGCUUGUUUUAUGUGGUUAUAAUACUUUUCCACUAUUUUUGAAAAAUAAAAAUCAUGGGUAGCUUUCAUUGAAAGAUAGUAAAAAAUAUAAUUUACUACAUAUAUUGAUUCUUUAAAUGUUGCCUUAAACAGGUAUAAACAAGCAGUAGGAAUUGCUGUGUACUUAUUUACCUCAAGGUGAAAAAGAAUUAAACCUGUACCUAUUCCAUUGAUAAAAUAAAUUCACAUGAACAGCCCUGCACUUUCUCAGAUGCCUUGGUUUCCAGGAUGGAGCUUAGUGCUACUGAGUACCCUGGCGGCAGAGCCACCUCAGGAUCUUCUUUAUUUAUAGAUGUCUGUUUACAAAGACUGUCAUACAUCCUCAUGUUGACCAUCUGAAAUUUGCUUCCUUUUGAAUAUGCUAUUUCACUCUAAAAUUGCAGCUUUUGAGAAAACAAUGAACGAAAAACUUCCUUAUGGUAAAAAGAUGCUUUAUAUUCUCUAAUGAUACUAGACGUGCAAAGUGAGGCACACGAUUUUUCUAACGGGUGUGUGUAUCCUUUGUGUGAAUGAUGUUGUCAAGCGUCAGUCUCUCAAGGUGUUUAAAAAACUGGCAUAUCAUUGUUCGUAUUUGCCAAGUCUGUAAAAUGUAUAAGACAAAAUUUUUCAUGUGCUAAUACAUGUAUUUAUAAAGCAGGUUUCUUUAUGACUCAAAAUUACUAUUUUGUUUUCUCCAUCCAAAAAACAUUUGUUUCUUCCACAUAAAGAAGAAAGUGAAUGUGUAUGUGUGUGUAUAUAUAUAUAUAAAAUAGCUUUAUAGCUUUUUUCUUUCACAAAGGCAGGUUCAUAAUUCUGUAAAAAGAAAAAUAGUUUCUGAGACAGACAUAUGACACCAGAGCUUGCUGUUUUUAUAGGAUUGUAUCAUGUACAUCAGGUCUAUAAAUGUGCUCAGCAGUGUAACAUGUGAAUCCUUUUUAAAGUGCUCAGAUUUUGGAUGUGUAAGCCAUUGAUAUAACAUUGUAAUUAAUUCAAAAUGUUUAAAUUAAAUAAUUUAAUGUUUUAAAUUUAUUUAUGUAGAUCACAUCAUUGUUAUAUGCAGUAGAACUAUGUGAAAUGUCUUUUGGUUUGGUUCAACAAUUAUUUAUUUUUUAGAAUGUAAAUUUAAAGACUUUAAGGACAUUCAAAAUCUAAAAUAGUGUUCACAAUUUGGCAAUUUUAAUGUAAAGUUGGUUCUUUUCUAACUUUUCAAAAAGUGAUGUGUCAAUAGGAAAACAGUUGGAAAUGGAAUCAUCUAAAGAUCAUUUCUAAAAUUUGUUUUAAUUAGCAUGUAUUGACUUUUAAAGUUGACUUGUAAUCGUUAAUAGUUUUUUUUAAAAUCAGAUUUUUGUGUGUUGAUUGAUUUUUGUGUUAUGGCUUUUCUUUUGUUACUUUCAUAUUAAAGGUUUUGUGUUUUUUUGUUGUUGUCAUUUGUUUCGUGAGGGGGUGGUUAUCUUCCAGUGUUUACUGUGUUUAAAUAAAGAGAAAUUGAAUUUUAUUGUUCAUUUAUAUAGUAUUUGAUAGCUUGGUAUAAUAAGAACAGUACAGUUCUAAUUUUUAUGACUUUUGUAAUUACAAUGAUAUUUUCUUUUGUAAUAAAAUCCAAAGUAAAUUAAACAUUUAAAAUGUAGAACUGAUAUUUUUCAUUUAUAUGAACUACAAGUAUCUACCAAGUCUAUAAUGUGAAUAAUCCUUCUUUUCAAAUCUCUUUCAUAAUACUAGAAGAAAACUAUUUUUUGGAGAUGUUAUUGAAGUUGAAAGAGCAAUAAAAAUCUACUGAAUCA